AUGGCGCACCCUCGCAGCGCUUACAGGCCGCGGCGCAGGUCGACGUCCAAGACGUCGUCCUUCCUUUCCAAGAUUGCGUUCGCCGCCGUCGUCCUCAUGGCUGUUCUCUGCUUCAUGCCCGCCGCGUCCAACUCUGUCCGCGCCGAGGACGACAAGGAGUCGUACGGUACCGUCAUUGGUAUCGACCUCGGAACCACCUACUCUUGUGUUGCUGUCCAGAAGGGCGGCAAGGUUGAGAUCAUCGCCAACUCGCUCGGAAACCGUAUCACUCCUUCUUGGGUCGCCUUCACCGACGACGAGCGCCUGAUCGGAGAGGCCGCCAAGAACCAGGCUCCCCAGAACCCCACCAACACCGUUUUCGACGCCAAGCGUCUGGUCGGCCGUCAGUACUCUGACCGCGACGUCCAGCGCGACCGCAAGCACUGGCCUUUCGAGAUUGUCAACAAGGCCGGCAAGCCCAUGGUCCAGGUCGAGUCCAAGGGUUCGACCAAGGACUUCUCCGCCGAGGAGAUCUCCGCCAUGGUUCUCACCAAGAUGAAGGAGACCGCCGAGGCCUACCUUGGCCACAAGGUCACCCACGCCGUCGUCACUGUCCCCGCCUACUUCAACGAUGCCCAGCGUGCCGCCACCCGCGACGCUGGUACCAUUGCUGGCCUCAACAUUCUCCGUAUCGUCAACGAGCCCACCGCCGCCGCCAUCGCCUACGGUCUUGACCGCUCGACCAAGUCCGAGUCGCAGAUCAUCGUCUACGACCUCGGAGGUGGUACUUUCGAUGUCUCGCUCCUCUCGAUCGAGGACGGCGUCUUUGAGGUUCUUGCCACCGCCGGUGACACCCACCUUGGUGGUGAGGACUUUGACAACCGUGUCAUCGACUACCUCGUCAAGCAGUACAAGCGCAAGACCGACACCGACGUUACCUCGAACAAGCGCGCCAUGGGCAAGCUCCGUCGCGAGGUCGAGAACGCCAAGCGCACCCUUUCGUCGCAGAUGUCGGCCAAGAUUGAGAUCGAGUCCUUUGAGGGCGGCAACGACUUCUCCGAGACCCUCACCCGCUCCAAGUUUGAGGAGCUCAACAUGGACCUCUUCCGCAAGACCAUGAAGCCCGUUGAGCAGGUUCUCAAGGACGCUGGUGUCAAGAAGGAGGACAUUGACGACGUCGUCCUUGUCGGUGGUUCUACCCGUAUCCCCAAGGUUCAGCAGCUCCUCAAGGACUUCUUCAACGGCAAGGAGCCCUCCAAGGGCAUCAACCCCGACGAGGCCGUCGCCUACGGUGCCGCUGUCCAGGGUGGUAUUCUCUCUGGCGAGGAGGGCUCGUCGGGCGUUCUCCUCAUCGACGUCUGCCCCCUUACCCUCGGCAUUGAGACCACUGGCGGUGUCAUGACCAAGCUCAUCAGCCGCAACUCGGUUGUCCCCACCAAGAAGUCGCAGAUCUUCUCGACUGCCGUCGACAACCAGCCCACCGUCCGCAUCCAGGUCUACGAGGGCGAGCGUUCGAUGACCAAGGACAACAACCACCUCGGAGAGUUUGACCUCACCAACAUUCCCCCCGCGCCCCGCGGUGUUCCUCAGAUCGAGGUCACCUUUGAGAUUGACGCCAACGGUCUUCUCCGUGUUUCGGGCGUUGACAAGGGUACCGGCAAGACCGAGUCGAUCACCAUCACCAACGACCAGCGCCGCCUCACCCCCGAGGACAUUGAGCGCAUGGUCAAGGAGGCCGAGGAGUACGCCGACGAGGACGCCCUGAUCAAGAAGCGCAUCGAGUCCCAGAACCAGCUCCAGAACCUCGUCUACUCGCUCAAGUCCCAGCUCGCCGACCAGGAGGGCAUGGGCGGCAAGCUCGACGAGGACGACAAGAAGACCAUCCUCGAGGCCAUCAAGGAGAAGUCGGACUGGCUCGACGACCACCCCGAGGCCGAGGCCGAGGACUACGAGGACCAGCUCGCCGAGCUCCAGGCCACUGUCGGCCCCAUCACCUCCAAGCUCUACGGCUCGGGCGGUGGCGCCACCGGCUACGAGGACGACGGCGAGGGCUACUACGGCCACGACGAGCUCUAA